UCAGGAGUUGGGACUCCUCUCUCUCUCUCUCUCUAUAGACAAUUUGUUUUUAUUGCUUUGAAGCAUCUACUUCGAUUUGAUUUAAUAAUUUCUUUUCUCUCUCCUCCACCUGUGACUCUGUGAGUUGUUGCCAUAGAUACAAACUACAAAACAGGAGACAGGGAUGAACAAGCAACGCUAAGCUUAGCCUUUGUGUUAUGAAGCAGUUUCAGAUUCUUUUCUCUCCAUUGCUGCACCUAUCUUCUUUCUUCAACUGCCAAAUUUAAGCCCUGAAGGAGGAAUAAGAGACAACCUUUUGAUCUUUGAAAAUUUAUUAUGGCCUCUGAAAUCGACUCUCGACCUCCAUUGGAGCUGCAACAGAGAGCUGCCUGUGCUCACCAAGCUACCAACGCAACAAUGGCAGCUCCAUCCAGCUCCAAAGCUGCUUCCACAAGAUCCGAACCAGACUCUGCAGUCAUCGAUUCCGACGACACAGAAUCCUCCAUCGAUCAGCCAAAGAAGCCAUCGAAUUCGAUCCAAGAAGCCACAAAAGAAACCAGUGGCAAUCCCAAAACAAGCGAUCCAGCCGACUUAGUCGAGAGCGGGAAGAGCAGCACGUGCCGCGGAAGCACAGCCAGCGAUGUCAGCGACGAGAGCACGUGCAGCAGCUUCAGCAGCAGCGUCAACAAGCCGCACAAGGCGAACGACGUCCGGUGGGAAGCAAUCCAGGCCGUCCGAUCCCGGGACGGCGUCUUGGGAUUGAGCCAUUUCCGGCUGCUCAAGAGAUUAGGCUGCGGCGACAUCGGCAGCGUCUACCUCGCCGAGCUCACCGGAACCAAAUGCCGCUUUGCCAUGAAAGUCAUGGACAAAGCUUCGCUCGCCGGCCGCAAGAAGCUCCUCCGAGCACAGACCGAACGCGAAAUACUACAGUCGCUCGACCAUCCGUUCCUCCCGACGCUCUACACACAUUUUGAAACUGAUAAGUUCUCGUGCUUGGUGAUGGAAUAUUGCCCCGGCGGCGACCUCCACACUCUCCGGCAGCGGCAGCCGGGAAAGUACUUCGCCGAGCAGGCGGUGAAGUUUUACGUCGCCGAAGUGCUGCUUUCCCUCGAGUAUCUACACAUGCUCGGGAUUGUGUACCGCGAUCUUAAACCGGAGAACGUUCUUGUUAGGGACGACGGCCAUAUCAUGCUCUCCGACUUCGAUCUAUCGCUACGGUGUGCUGUUAGCCCGACUCUCGUCAAGUCGACAUCUUUCGACUCCGAUCCUCAGAACAAAACCUCAGCUUACUGCGUCCAGCCGUCGUGUAUCGAGCCCGCCUGCAUCCAGCCGUCAUGCAUUGUUCCAACGACGUGCUUAGCUCCACGUGGCUUCUUUUCGGGAAAAUCGAAGAAGCAGAGGAAGCCGAAGAACGAGAUUGGAAACCAAGUUAGCCCGCUGCCGGAGCUGAUUGCCGAGCCAAGCAAUGCUCGAUCCAUGUCCUUCGUCGGGACUCACGAAUAUCUGGCGCCAGAAAUCAUCAAAGGUGAAGGACACGGGAGCGCCGUCGAUUGGUGGACUUUCGGGAUAUUUCUAUACGAGCUUUUGUUUGGUAAAACUCCGUUUAAAGGAUCCGGGAACAGAGCUACUCUGUUCAACGUUGUCGGGCAGCCUCUCCGGUUCCCUGAAUCACCGGUCGUAAGUUUCGCUGCUCGGGAUUUGAUUAGAGGAUUGCUUGUGAAGGAGCCUCAGAAUCGACUGGCCUACAAAAGAGGCGCAUCCGAGAUAAAACAGCACCCAUUCUUCGAAGGCGUUAACUGGGCAUUGAUCCGCUGCGCCACCCCACCGGAGAUCCCGAAACCUGUCGACUAUGAUCGACUACCCAUGCCGGUGGCUGCGCAAGCCACCGGAAAGUCCACCUCUGCUGCGGCCACGGCUACCGAUCAGAAAGGCGAUAAGUAUCUCGAGUUUGAUUUUUUCUAGUCAGCCACGGUUACUUACUAAAAGGAUUCGGACAAGUGUAUGGAAUCCUUGUUUGAGAACAAGAAUCAGAUUAGCCUGUUGAUGGUGAAGACUGGAUUUGCAAAUUUUAUGAUCAUUUGUUGAAGAAAGAAGGAAUGUAUGAUUUGAAGGAAUUGAAGGAAAAUAUAUGAAACUUUUCUUCAAGUUA